AUGGCUGAGCUAAUUUUCCUGCCAGGUGUGAUUUUCUUCUAUCCAUUCCUGAAGUUGGGUGGCAGCAGAAUUCAAUUCGAUGAAAGCACAAAGCCGGGAGUGGGCAUUCCGGUUGCCGACGUAUUCUAUGAGCGAAGUUGGCGACAAGUGCUGUUGACCACUACCUUGUUGGAGCUUGGCUCGGUACCUUCUCAGGUAUUGUUGUGGCAAUUUCAAUUCUUGCUCUGGACCUACAAGGUCUUCCAGCCGGGUCUACACGCAGAGAUCAGCGACGUACUGGAAGGGCUCGGGAGAGCUAUGGUGCGGUAUUCAAAGGACCGCUUGAAGUUCAACCCGGACCGGGAUGGCACCAAAGCACGGAGCCUGCGGUUAUUGUGGGAGCUUCUGCUGCAUUUCAGCCCGCGGGAUGCAUUCGAAAAGCUCUACAUUGAAGCCUGGACCAGCAGAUCGCGCCGACUUGGUCUCGCCUCACAGGUCUAUCUCAUCUUCGAGGAGCAGACCAUACGUGUGCCAAUACUGAUCAAUGGUGGUGCAGCCGGCGGCAACGAUCAGCAGACAGUCGCCAGAUUGCAUAUGUGGUAUUCGUGGCUAGAGACCAAGAGAGGGCUGCAGGAAAUAGUGCUGCCGAAGCGGCUAGUUCGCAUCGAUCUUGUGAGGAUUUCUGGUGUCGACACCGGCGCUGCUAUAGUUGGCCAACGCGUGAGGACUCUGGGUCUUGGCAGGCGUGGAAAGAAUCGUGCGGCGUUACUGGACCAUGCCGAUGAGAUCGAUCCGCAACAGCAUGAAGUGACCCAGGCCAUAACCGAAGACCCAAUGGCGAUUGGUGUUGAGUUCGUCCGCCAGUGGGACGGCUAUGCGAUUUCUAUGGUUGUGAUGAUGCCUCUACUGAUAUCGUUGAUCUUUGCGGUCGUAUGGAUCGCGGUUUCUGCAGCCAGGUACGAGGUGGAUGCACAGGUGGCAGUCCAAACCGCAUUCACCGUGGCUUCUUUCAUUGUCACCGCCGGUGCACUCAUUAUUGCACUCGUUGCAUUUCUGGACGGCCAGGAGAGCGCCAGGAGAAGUAGCCGAUGA